GCGCAGUUAUUUGUUUACAUCGGUAACCGAAAAUGGCAGCAGUGGUGGAUUUGACAAAAGGCGAGACAACAACCUUUUUUGGCUCAUCUGCGGAAGAUAUUAGCUAUGCAACUAAUUUUUGGCAGUCUAUUCAACUUCAUCCUCCAAUGGAGUCCCGCCUCGUUUCAAGUGAUAUCAAACAACGUUUGAAAGUUGCGCCUCCAAGUUCACAAGCAAGGAACAUUCCACAGUCAAGACAAGGAGACUCUUCAGCCGUUUUACAAGAUUUUAUAUCAAGAGCAAGAACAAUGGAACACUUGGAGGAGUAUGCUAAACUACAGAAGUUUGCCGAGGCCAAGGCUCAAGACAAAACAAUCAUGAUUAAGCAUAGAGAAAUCAGAAAAAAGAAAGAGGAAAUUUCCAGAAAUAAAGGGAUAAGACCAUUGGAGAGGAAGGUGGAGAAGAUGCCAAAAGAAGAUUAUAUUGUAGAUGAGGAAAAUGACACUGAUGUUUUUAAACAACUGAAUGAAUUUGAAAUAGAAAAAAUUGGAAAUGAUGAUUCUGACUCAGACUGAGAUUAUAUAUCACAUAUUGAAUUGGUGACAUGUUUUCUCCUGAAAAAAAAAAGUUUGUGAGUGCAAAUUUUAUAUUUUAAUGGUUAAGAUGAUGCUGAAAUAUCACUCUUUUGAGCUAAAAGCAUAUAAAGCAUAUUUGAAGGACAACAGUGACACUAGCUUACUUGGAAUAGUUGAAAUAAAUGACAUAUACUAUAGUUAACACUUAAUUAUCAGAGAUGUAAAAAGUUUUAAGUGCUGAUGUCUCAAUGUUUCUUUCAUCAAUAUGUCAGUUCAACUUAUUUCCUUCAUCAAGCUAAAGUCUUAUGUUAAUAAAAUAAUCAUGGUGGUGCUGCUUUGCAGAACUCCUGCCGUCAAUUAAGGGCACCAUAUAUAGUUGCUGGAGAUGCGCUGAAUUGGUGUGAAAUGCAUUUUUUUUCAAUCAUUCAUCAACUUUUUGUAAACAUUUAGUGAAUAUCCAUAGGACAGUCUAUUUCAUGUACAAAAAUUCUCUGGAAUAGGUGCCUCUUUUCCCUAGCUUUUUUAAUCAUUUUGAAAACCAACACUUUGUUAAACGGAUCACUUUCAUUUAGCAAUCAAUCUCGAUUCAUUUUUUUUCUUUAAAAUAAUUAUAAGGUAAUGAAAAAAGUUAUUUUAUGGGUUUUCUGGGAACAAUCAAAACUAUUUUUGUUCUGUACUUUGGAAAACAUUUCGAUUGAUUGACAUCAUAUCCUAUUGAUCUUUAAGUCACUACUUCAGGAAAAUGGUUCUUUUUCCACAAGUUUCCAUUAAAUAAAAAUGCAGGUAGAUGUAAUCGUCCUGAAAUAUAUGUAAACUGGUGACAGAAAAUAUCCUGAAAUACUGAUUUAACAUGAUAAAAUACAAUCAAACUUUGUUAACUUGAACUCGUCUGGACCGAUAGAAUUUGUUCGAGUUAAUGGCAGUUUGGGUUAUUGAACAAUUUACAUUACACCGGAAUAUUGCCGAGACUUGGAGUGAAGGGUGGUGUUUGACAUAUCUGAGUUUGAGCAAACAAAGUUUGACUGUAUUGUCAGAAGUACAAAGUUUGACUGUAUUGUCAGAAGUAUAAAGUUUGACUGUAUUGUCAGAAGUACAGAGUUUGACUGUAUUGUCAGAAGUACAAAGUUUGACUGUAUUGUCAGAAGUACAAAGUUUGGGAGAUCAUGUUAAUUAUAGUUUUUGUCAAAUUUAUUUAAAGCUCAUUGCUGUUUUAUUGUUUGAGAAAUAGUAGCAGUAUGUAAGUGACAUUACAAAUGAACAAUUAACUGUUUAUUUUUAUGUAAUGAUAUGUUCAUUGAUUUUAAAUAAAUGUUAUUGAUGUUU